AUGGAAAAUGGUAAAACUUACAAAAUGACCGAUAGAGUAUUCAGCUGCAGCAAAUGGCUAUCAUUGCUUAUAGCCAAUGUCUGCAAUAAUGAAUUUAAAAUUGUAAAAAGGGAUACAACACUCAUGAUUGCGAAAAUGGCACCGAAAGAUCUUCAAAAGGGCAUGUAUAAACAACGUUUACUUACCGAAGAGCACUGGAGAAGAGUACGUCGGCAGGUCGCAAGCGAGUGCUGCGAGAGGCCGUGUACCGUCGGUAACAUCAUUAUGUAUUGCCCCGACGACGCCAAACUGCUAAGGGAAAAUCCUGACAUAUUUCUAUAG